AUGGCUAAGUCGAGCUCGAUCUUCCGUCUGUUCGACCUUCCCCCGGAAAUUCGAGACACGAUCUAUUUCCACCUUGCUGAUAUCAGCCGAGAACCUCUGAAACCCGACUUUAAGACUCAAUUGCUAUUUCCAGCGCCAUCCGUCAGCUUUAACUACACGUACCGGCCACCAAGCGGACUAGUCACCUCCCACGUGGCAUUAUCCAUAUACUACCCCACCACCCCGCCGAAGUACUCACUACUUCCGGUCCUCCAAAGUUGCCGAAAACUCAGGUCCGAACUCCAAAGAUACAUAAAGGUUUUGCAAAGAAAACCAGGUGGAGGGUCAAACCCGCUGGGUUACACACUUGACUUGGAAUCAUAUCAUUCGGAGAUCUUCCUCAAAUGGGCGAGAAUCCAAGUACCCCCGGAGCCGCCAUACAAUAUCAUCCCGGAGUUUCGGAUAAACUACAAUGUUAUGAAUUUAAGGCGAAAAUACGAUAACGGUCUCCGAUUCCACAGCGAUGGGAGGUUGUGGGAUGAAGGAGUUGCGUUGUUUAACGUCUUAAACGACUUUUUCCACCAUGGACCACAGGGGUUUUAUAUCCCAUCUAUAAAUGACGGAGAUGAUGGUGGAAAAUGCCGUGAAAUGGUUAUUGAGAAGCUGGUGCUUAAUGUCAAGCUGGUACGGUCACCAGAGUUGAUCAGACUCUAUGAGAUGGUUAAAAAAGGUGCAGUCGAAGCCGGACCUGAUAGUCUAUCGGAAGCUGCUUUGCAUAAAUUUAGCAUGGAAAUAAAGGAUUUGGAAUGCAGGAUUCUGAAAGGGUUUGCGGAGUGGAUGUCGAAAUUCUUAGAUGUUGGACAUCUCGACGGGAGGGUCGGCAAGGUUCAAGUCCUUUGGGACGGGGCUGAUGAGUGGGAUAUACCGCUUGAUCUAGUAGCAGAGGACCAGGAAAAUAUGACUCCAGUCCGCAGGAUGAAAGCUAGAUUCGACUUAACAGGGACUGAAAAAAGAGAGAGAAUAGCGGAACCAGAAGGAUGGGAGAAGUGUGUAUGGGGCAGGAAGGGGAAUUUCCAGGUCCGUCAACAUGGACCAUUGUGGACCGAUCGCUGGGUCGAAUCGGAUGGGGUUUGGGUUCCUCCAGCCGAAGUCCCACGAGACCCAGUUCCAGUUCUAGUCCAGCAUGCAAGUGCUAACACACCGGAUCAGGGACUUGACUUGCUCCUGCGGCUUCAGGAUGAGGUUGAGGAAGCGCUGGAGCACUACGAGGGCCGUGAGGAUAAUCCUACUGCGGAGUAA